AUGGACGCCCUCACCUCGCCCCCCCCACCCCCGCCGCCCCCCCCAGCGGACCCCGACGCCAUCCCCCCCCCACCGUCCACCAUCCCGCCUCCCCCGCCGCCCCCCGACGUGCCCCCCCCACCACCAAUCGACCUCGCGCCGCCGCCCCCACCGCCGAAAGCAGCCCCCUCCCGCGGGCCCCUCAGCAUCGAAGAGAUCCUCAAAAAGAAGAAAGAGGCCGACGAGGCCGCGAAGCGACCAAAAUUCCUGACAAAGGCCCAGCGCGAGGCCCUCGCCCUCGAGAAGCGCCAAAAGGAGGUCGACGAGCAGCGGAAACGCGCCGCCGCCGCCGCACGCCCCCCCUCGCCCUCGCCACACGGCGCCCGCGACCGCGACCGCGACCGCGACCGUGACCGUGACCGUGACCGCCGUCAGCAACAGCAACAGCAACAGAACGGUUACCGCGGCGGACCGCCCACGGGGCCAAGAGCGCUACGAGACCGCGAGCCGCCAACAGGGCCCGCCGCGAUGCGCGGGAACCGCAGCGGUGGUGGUGGUGGUGGGGGAGGCAGCAUGGCGCCGCCGCCGGUGCCGGGGGCAGGGGCAGGAGAGAAGGACAAGAAGCGGAGCGUUGCGGAGCACGCCGAGGCGGCCGAGAUCCGGCGGCGGUACAUGGGUGCCGACCCGGACAGCACGUCGUCGACCAAGAAGAAGCGGCGCAAGACGAGCGAGCGCAAGUUUACGUUUGAGUGGGGGGCCGAGGAGGACACGAGCCCGGACUACAACCCGCUGUAUGCGAACCGGGCGGAGGCGCAUUUCUUCGGGAGGGGCAGGCUGGGGGGGUUUGCGGAGACGGAGGCGCCGACGCAGGGGUAUGCGAAGGCUUUGGAGGCGCGGGGCGAGGAUGAGAAGCGGAGGGCGAGGGAGAUUAUGGAGAUGGAGAGGAGGAAGAGGGAGGGGGCCAACUGGGUGGAUAAGCAUUGGAGUGAGAAGCCGCUGGAGAUGAUGAAGGAGAGGGAUUGGAGGAUCUUUAAGGAGGAUUUCAAUAUUGCGACGAGAGGCGGCGCAAUCCCAAACCCCAUGCGCUCAUGGUCCGAAUCCAACCUGCCCAAGCGCCUCCUCGAGAUCGUGUCGGACGUGGGCUACAAAGACCCCUCCGCCAUCCAACGGGCCGCCAUCCCCAUCGCCCUCCAAAACCGCGACCUCAUCGGCGUAGCCGUCACCGGUUCCGGCAAAACCGCCUCCUUCAUCCUGCCACUCCUCGUGUACAUCUCCGAGCUCCCCUCGCUCGACGACUUCACCAAGAACGACGGCCCCUACUCCAUCGUGCUCGCGCCCACCCGCGAACUGGCGCAACAAAUCGAGUCCGAAGCCAAAAAAUUCGCCACCCCCCUCGGCUUCACCUGCGUGUCCAUCGUCGGCGGCCACACCAUCGAAGAACAAGCCUACAACCUGCGCGACGGCGCCGAAAUCAUCAUCGCGACGCCCGGGCGCCUCGUAGACUGCCUAGAGCGGCGCCUACUGGUGCUCUCACAGUGCUGCUACGUCAUCAUGGACGAGGCCGACCGCAUGAUCGACAUGGGCUUCGAGGAGUCCGUCAACAAGAUCCUCGACGCCCUGCCCGUCCACAACAUCAAGCCCGACACCGAGGACGCCGAGAACCCGAUCCUCAUGUCUAAGCACCUGGGCGGCAAGGAUCGCUUCCGGCAGACGAUGAUGUAUACGGCCACGAUGCCGCCGGCUAUCGAGCGCAUCGCGAGGAAGUAUCUGCGCCGCCCUGCCAUCGUCACCAUCGGCAACGCUGGCGAGGCGGUGGACACCGUCGAGCAGCGCGUGGAGUUCAUCCCCGGCGAGGACCGCCGCAAGAAGCGGCUGGCGGAGAUCCUGUCUUCGCGUGAGUUCGCGGCGCCGAUUAUCGUGUUUGUGAAUAUCAAGCGCAACUGCGACGCCGUGGCCAAGGACCUGAAGCACAUUGGGUGGCGCGCCGUCACGCUCCACGGCAGCAAGUCCCAGGACCAGAGAGAGCAAGCAUUGAUGCAGCUGCGCAGCAACCAGGCCGACGUGCUGGUGGCCACGGAUCUGGCCGGGCGCGGUAUCGACGUUCCCGACGUGUCGCUGGUGAUCAACUUCAACAUGGCGACGAGCAUCGAGCAGUAUACGCACCGCAUUGGGCGCACGGGGCGCGCGGGGAAGAGCGGUGUUGCGAUUACGUUUCUGGGAGGGGAGGAUGCGGAGGUGCUGUAUGAGCUGAAGCAGAUGCUGAUGAAGAGUGCGAUUAGUAGGGUGCCGGAGGAGCUGAGGAAGCAUGAAGCGGCGCAGAACAAGCCGACGCGGAACGCGGGGAGGGCGAAGGCGUCGGGGCGUGGGGAGGAUGGCGAUGGCGGGGGUGGAUCGGGCGGUGGUGGGGGCGGGGUGCUGCAGGUGCCGGUGGGGAGGUGGAAUUAG